AUGUCACAAACAAUUGGCAUGACACGAUUGGCCUACUCGCGAGUAUGGCACCAGAUAUCAGCCAAAGCCCCCCACGCCGGUCUGACGACGAAAAAGGCCGCCGUCGCUGCCGCCGCCGCUUCAGCGACCACCGGCACCACGCCCACCACACCGCUGACCACGUCCGCCAAGGCCAGCCCGCCCGCGGGCGCGACCGCCCCCUCCGCCGACGACGUGACGCCGCCGUCGCUCGGUCGUCUGGCGUCGCGUAUCGCCGUGCUGCUGAUGGGCAAGCACAAGCCGACGUUUGACCCAUCGACCGACUGCGGCGACUACGUCGUGGCAACCAACUGCGCGGCGCUGUACACGACGGGCAACAAGAAGUGGCGCAAGACGUACUACCGCCACAAUACCCGGCCGGGAAGCCUGCGCGCCGUCACCAUGGACGUGCUCAUGGAGAAGCACGGCGGCGCAGAGGUGCUCCGCAAGGCCGUCAGCGGCAUGCUCCCCAAGAACAGGCUCCGCGACAAGCGCCUCGCGCGCCUCAAGGCGUUUGAAGGCGACGCGCACCCGUACAAGGACAAUCUGGUGCGGUUUGGAGGCGUGCCUGUGGGCAAGCAGGGCUGGGAGACCAAUGUCGAGAGCAUACGCGCUUCGGACGCCAAGAGGUUAUGA